CUGGGCAUCUACCUGGCUGCCCUCCUGGGCAACGGCCUCAUCAGCACAGCCGUAGCCUGCGACCACCGCCUGCACACCCCCAUGUACUUCUUCCUCCUCAACCUCGCCCUCCUCGACCUGGGCUGCAUCUCCACCACUCUCCCAAAAGCCAUGGCCAAUGCCCUCUGGCACACCAGGCACAUCUCCUACACAGGAUGUGCUGCACAGGUCUUCUUCUUUGUCUUCUUCCUCUCGGCAGAAUAUUGCCUUCUCACCAUGAUGUCCUAUGACCGCUACGUUGCCAUCUGCAAGCCCCUGCACUACGGGACCUACAUCUUUCUACAAGCCCUUCUUGUCUUUCAUAUGCCUGGGCACAUUGAAUUGCAGUUUGACUCCAACAUUCCUAAAUUCAUCUCAGCAGCAGACACUAGAGUGGAAAAGGCCCAAAAUGCGGUCAAGAGCCUGACACCAUGA